AUGGGGAGGCGGGGAGGUUCCACCUUGCUUGACGAGGCGCUGCUGGAGUUCAGGUGGAUCAUGAUUGGAACAAACUCCACCAAGUGGGGUCCCCACGAUGUCGCUGCCGCGAAAGCCCACAAGGAGAACACGGUGGAGCCUGAGGACAAGGAAUUGAUUCGCUCUCACCACCGGUCGCUCGCACCCUGCCCGUUUGUAUAUGAGGCCACCGAGCCCGAUGGCAAGGAGAUUUGGGUCGUAAGUAUCCCGCCAAAGACACCUGUUUAUGACACCCAUGCGGGCGGGCGCGAAAUCCACAUCUAUCCAGAAUACCUUCUACCCCAGCUGUCGCAGGUAUACAGUGGCAGCCGCGAAGACCCUUUACCCCGGCAGAUAAACCCCCGGCGGUUUUUGACCGCAUCAGACUUGGAUCUCCUUCGCCGGUUCUUUCCGUCGGCUAUCGGUGCACGGGUAUUGAUCUCGGGCUUUAUGAUCGUGCUCUUUCGCGAUCGGAAACAUAUGAAAGCAUCAUGGCUAGAAGGAUGCGUGCCGUCAUUCGGCUUGCUGCGGUUGGGUUAUGACAUCGCUGAACAUUUUCCGACCGAAACAGGCCCAAGGAGCGGAAAUGCGGUAGCCAAAUCUCAAGAUGAGAGCAAUUGCAGCGCGCCUCUGGGCUUGAAGCUAAAGUUCCUUGAUAAUUCCGAGGGCAUCACGGUCCCGACUCAUGCAUUUGUGGACGUGAAGAAUCCGCGGGUGCAUCGUGAGCCCCAGAACUCGAAUUGGCUAUCAAAGACUAAAUCAGCCUUCUCCUUGUCGACCGUGAUCCGAAUGUCAGAGUCCAUCCGACUAGGCGUGCCAAUGGACUGUCCUCUUGGAAAGACCGCAUGGUCUAUCACUGAUCCUCAGGAGAAAAUUGGCCAUAUCUCGACGACCUACGAUCACCACGUUGUGCGAUCAUCGAUUUUCCCCGAGAGUAUUGGCCAUGAUAUCUCAAUCGUAAAAGGAGAUUGUCUCCCUAAAAUUUGUAGGCCCUCACGUGCGCCGAAAAUCGUCGACUGGGGAAACUAUCGAGAUGCGUUGGAUGGCAAGUUCACUUUUGCAAUAGGGCUGAAUGCGCUAUCGAAUAAGUCCACGGGCGGGUCCGGAUGUGGUGAAUUUGGCACGAUGCAGAAGGUAAUUGUAGAAGGGACAGAAUACUUAUGGAGCCGUAAGUCGCGCACUCAAACAGCGGCUCUGAUAUGGCGCGCAAUGCAUGAGGACACUGGGAUGGAAGGUCUCUCAGGAUCUGUUCUCUGUCUUGGCGAACGGACUGAUCCCCAGUGUCGCGCGGUAUUGUUCAAGAACUUCGAGACACCCAUCUGCUCCCAGCAUUUUGAUUGCGAUCGUUCAGCACGAGGCGAUGUGUCCUGGUCUACCUUCAAAGGCGGGUUCGUACUCCCACUUGAGAUCAGGAAUACAGAGAUCCUGUGUGAUGGAGAGGAAUCCGAGGCUAUUCCCUCGGCGGGACAACCUUGGGGUCUGGAAGCCUACUCCAUCGCGCACAAGGCGCAUAAUCGUACACGCCCUCGACGAAGUAGGCCUGGUCACGUUGUGGGACUCGUCGCGCGAUGUCAAGUUUCUCUCCGCGCAGCGCUUCGUGCGUAUGUUCGCUUUCGGCGCCUCGACCUUAAUCCUGGCAUCGUACCUACAUGCCUGGGCAUCUCCGAUGACCGGAUUGGCCUGUUCAUGGCUCUAACCUUGGUUGGAGAUACUGCGAUCAGCUUCGUGCUUACGCUAUUUGCUGAUGCCAUGGGUCGGAAAGCUGUUCUGUCGGUUGGGUCGAUUAUGAUGGCUGCCAGUGGAGUAGUUUUUGCACUCGUGGGCAAUUUUUGGAUUCUUCUGCUGGCAGCUAUCUUUGGAGUUAUUAGCCCGAGUGGUAAUGACCUUGGCCCCUUCCGAGCUGUGGAAGAGUCUACUCUGGCUCAUCUAACCCCUCAAGAGGUUUUGAGCGAUGUGCUGGCCUGGUAUAGUCUCCUUGGAACCGCUGGUACUGCGCUAGGGCAGCUUGUGUGUGGAUGGGUCAUGGCCUCGCUUCAAUCGCUUCAUGGAUGGGAGUUCCUUCCUUCGUGUCGACUGAUCUUUCUAGUUUACGGCAUAUUUGGCAUACUUAAGUUGAUCCUGACUCUAGCUUUGAGUAAGAAUGUUGAGGCUUCUCCAAAGAAGAAGCAACCGGAGAACAAUGGAGAAACUCGGCCGCUGUUGGCCGAUGCCCCCUCCGAACAGAGAGAAGACUCCGCGAAGACAACCAUUUGGUCUUCGAUGGAGCGGGAGCUACGGUCCUUGGUUUUAAGCCUAUUCUUCUUCAUGGGACUGGAUGCAUUUGCCUCAGGGCUGGCAGCUCUGUCCUGGAUGACAUACUUCUUCCGUGAAAAGUUCAGUAUCCCUGAGGGCGAGCUCGGUACCAUCUUCUUUGUGACCAGUAGCAUAUCUGCAGUAUCGAUUCUGGUUGCCUCUUCGGUAGCCAAACGUCUUGGCAAUGUCAAAACAAUGGCGUUUACCCAUCUACCAUCUGCUAUCUGCCUACUGCUUGUUCCUGUUCCAGCCCAGCUUCCAUUGGCACUUACUUUCCUGGUCUUACGCGCUUGUUCUCAGAGCAUGGACGUGGCACCCCGGUCCGCAUUCUUAGCCGCUGUGUUGCCACCUGACCGGCGAACCGCGAUUAUGGGUGCAGUCAACGUAGUCAAGACUAUCACUUCAAGCAUAGCACCCCUUAUCACCGGUAUUCUAUCUCGGAAUGGCAAGCUUGGCAUAUCCUUUAUGAUUGCCGGUAGCUUGAAGGUGAUCUAUGAUCUUGGAAUUCUUUUCACUUUUGCCAGCAAAGAAGCUGCAGAGCGAAAACGAAGGCAAGCUGCGCGAGCAGCCGACGAAGAGGCAGAGUAG